GAUGCUAAAUGUUAUUGAGAAACUCAAGGAAAAUAAAAAUGAAGCUGCUCAAGAAAAAAUGCAACUUAUGCAAACAUGGACUGAAAUACACCAAGAGAGGGGAGCUCUGGAGAGGAGACAUAAUGAGAUCAUCAUUGAGCAAUACAAGUUAAAACUGAUCAUCAAUGAAAAGACUACAUCAAAAGAAAGUAAGAAAGAGUCCAACCAACAGCUACAGCAAGGGCGGGAGAACAUGGAGAUGCUGAUGGGUAACAGUCUUCAGAGUCUUAUAGAUAAUAAUAGGAAAAUAAUACUUGGAGCAAAGCAGGCUAAAGAACAAAUUGAGAAAAACAUGGCAGAUUUAAAGCAAGAGUUAAAGAGAAACAGAGAGGAUGUUUCUCAACAUAAAUAUCAAAUUCAGUACACCAAACACAAUAUGAAUGAAAUGAUCAACAAAUUGAAGCAGAGGCUGAUUCAGCAGCAAAGUAAUGUUCAAAUGGAGAGAGUCCCACAGAUGGACAGCAUAGACAGCCAGAAAGAAGAAACUGACCCUUUGAAAAUGAAACUCAGCAGAAUCCAGGAAGAGAUGGAGAGACUUUGGGGUGUUCUGGAAGACAGUGAACAAGAAGAGGACGUGAGUCUGAAGGAGUUGAAGGCAGAGACAGAGCAAAGGAAAACGAUGACAGCUGACUCUCAGAAGCUAAGGCAAGACACAGAUGUAAGCGUAAUGAUAACAUGGGAAACAGAGUGGCAGCAGAUGAAGACUGAUAUGCAGAGACAAAAACAAGAUAUAGAGAACAAGUUGGUACAGGUGCAAUCUGAAAGAGAUGAGAUAGAAAGAAUCAAAACUAAAAUAGAGACGGAGAGAGAAAACCUAGAGAGAGACAAACAAUUAGCUAAAGCUGAAAUAAAUGCAAUGAUGUGUAUGAGGGAGAGUGUUGAAGGGCAAAAACAGGAGCUGGAUGACAAGUUACGAAAGACAAAGAAAGAGAUGAGAGAAUUGGAAGUGACAAAUGCUGAGAUUGAAAUAAAGAAAAAGGACCUGGUGAAAAUGAUGAGAAUAAUCAAGAGAAAAAAGGAAGAGAUCCACAAAAUGAAGGAAGAGAUUGAAAAUGCUAAACAAGACAUGGAGGAAAGAGAAGAACAGAGUGAGGGAAGUGGAUCGGAGCAGGCGCUAGAGGUAGAUGACAGCUUUGAUGAGGAAAAUAUGAGAAUUCAACAGGCUACCAGAACCAGAACAAUGCAAGAAACAGUAGAUACAGAAAGUCAGAUUGAGGAGGACAACAUGGAGAGGAACACCAUGAACAAGGUGAACGCUGACAUUCAGAGAGUGAUUCUUCAAGUAGAAGAUAUCAGAAAGAUGCUUGGCAUGAUGAAAGAAGAAAUAGUGCAGAGCAGGAUUGACUUUACAGAAGAAAAGAACCAAAUCAAAUGGAUGAAUUUUCAAGUACAGAAAAAGAGGCGGGAGCUUGACCAACGACUGGAGAGGACCCUGCAUGAGAGGGAUGAAUUAGAAAUCAUGAAGAUAAAAAUACAGCGACAUAGGAAGAAGCUUCAACAAAAAUUUCAGACUAUGGCUGAGGUGAAAGUUAACAUAGAAAAAGCUGCUGUAGAGAUGAACAACACCCUGGGGAAGAUACAUACAUCUCAGAAGAAGAUAGACGAGACCAAGGAAGAAGUGAAAAACUACAUGGAUAAGUUGACCUCCAUGACAGCUCAGGUCAGCAGAUGGAUAUCAACAGAAUCUGCAAUCAAAAAGACUUUUUCAUUGGAUAGAUCUAAGCUUCAAGAACCACAGAAUGAAACACGCAGAGACUCCCUCAAGCGUCAAACAUCUGAGAUUCCAACAGACAAAGAAGGCUCAAAGAGUGAAUUUAUAAAAGAGGCCACAUCUUUGCAACAAUCUAUAACAUCAGAUGUCCAGCAUGAAAGUCAAGACAUAAACAAAGAGGAGCAGAUGCAUUCAGCACACAAAGAGGGACAAGAAUUCAGUUUUGUUGCAGAAGAGCAGAAUAUUCUCCUACAGAUGCAGACAGAAAUUCAUGAAAAUACAUUAAUGGAAGAUGAUCAGAAAGAAUUGAUGACAAAUAGAAGAAAAAAUGAAGAAAUAGAAAAUGAGAUCUCUAAACUGAAGGAAAAAGAGGAGAAAAUAAGGGAGCAAAUAAAAUGUUCUAUGGAGGACAUGGAGAACAAAAAUCAAGAGAUUAAAAGGCUCAUUGUGGAAAUAAAUGAUAUGCAGAGCCAGAGACCUGAGACUGAAACUUGGUUACAAAUUACAGAAAUUGGAGAUCCAGAGAAAGAAACGACUGGAAUGCUGAAAGAAACCAAACACACAGAUAUUUUGAGGGUAAUCACCAGCGCUUCCACUGAUGUAAUAAGUGAAUAUGAAGUGCAAAUGCAAAAGAAGGAGGAUGGCAGCAAGGUGAAACAAGAAGUAAGUGAUGAAUCUGACUUGAUGAGAUUGGAUGAAAAAUAUAUUGAAAAGUCUAGAGAAGAGGUACAGACACAGAUUGAUGGAUGUUCUGAUGAAAAGGGCGCAAGAAAUCCUAAUCUACAAAGACUGAGGGAAGAGAUUUAUAGAACCCAAGAAAUCAUAAGAUUAGUGAUGUCAGAACUUGAAAACCAGGCUGAAGAAAGUACAAUCGACAGAGACCAUGAGGAUGAAGACAGCACUGAAAUCAAAGGAUUAAUACAAGAGCUGAAAAUAUUCCAAGAGCUUCUGAAAAGGGUAAAAAAUGACAUGAAAGAGGAAACAACCAACAUCAAAUCGAUGAAAAAAGCAGCAAAAAAACAGAACAGGGAACUGGACCAGAGGUUAGAGAAAACUCUGAGGGAGAGAGAUGAAUUAGAUAUUUUAAAACUAAAAAUACAGAGUCAAAAUGAGCUGAUGGAGCAGAAGAUGGAGAAAAUGGAAACAUUUAAGAGCACCAUAGAGGAAAUGGGGGCUAAGACUCUAAAGAAAAGUGCAGACAUAGAGAUUAUUAUAAAGGAGUCUGAAGUGAAACUGAGAUACCUGGAAGACCUGAACUACAGGAUUGAGGCUAAAAAACAAGAUCUGAAAAACUGCCAUCAUUUUAUAUCCCUGCAAAGAGACCACCUUGAAAAAUUUAAGACUCAGAGAAGAGACAGUGCUAAGACAGAUACAGACAGGCUGACAAAAGACAGACACAGCAAAGAAAUUGAGGAAAUGGGAACUGAAAUCUUCAAACUCAGAUCAGAAAAAGAGAAACUAAUGGAGGAUGUAAAACUGACAAUUGAGAGAUUGGAUCAGAGAAACUGUGAAAAUGAACAACUGAGAAACACAUUAAGUAAGCAAGAGAAAGAAAAAAUGGAGAGAGAAGAGAUAGAGAUGCUGAAACAACAGAUUGAAGCAGAGAAGGAGACUGUGAGAUUAGCCAGACAACAAGCUGAGGCAGAAAUACAUGAGAUUAACAGUUUAAGGGAAAAUAUUGAGAGACAGAAACACGAACUUCAUGACAAAAUGCAAAUGACUCAAAAAGAAAUGAGAGAACUGGAGCUACUGAAGUCAGAAUUGGAAAUGAAAAGAAAACAAAGUGAAGAUAUAUUUAAAGAAAGCAUAAGCAAAAAGGAAGAGAUUGAUUUAAUGUGGAAUGAAAUACAAAGAGAAAAGAAUUCCCUUAGGAGAGAAGCAAUAAAGAAAAGAAGGGAAUUAGAUCAAAGACUGGAGAAAACCAUGCGUGAGAGGGAUGAGUUAGAAGUUAUGAGGAUAAAACUGCGAAAAGAGAAGGAAGAAGUGGCUGAGAUGAAGCAGAGGCUUGUCAAUGACCAGACUUCUCUUCUCCAAGGAUACAGAGAUUGUAAUAAGAUAAAUCUAGAAAGACAAAGCUCAAAAGUGAGUGAUUUUGUUUUUAACCUCCAAAACACGAGACAAAAGAUUAAUGUACACUUGGAAACAUUCAAGAGGGAAAUGGGAGUACUGAAAGAUGUAAAUGUUGUUUUAGAGAAACAAAGAGAAGGGCUCAAAGCUUUACAAGCUGAGAACAAGACUUUGAGAAAUAAUAUGAGCAGAAUAAAAUCUCAAAUAAAGAUGCCCUUAGAAAGAGAGAUGGAUGAAAUGAUCCACAUGAGGAACGAUAUCCAAAAACAAAAACAAGAACUUGAUAUUAGACUGGAGUAUACAAAAAGAGAAAUAAGUGAGAUGGAAGUGCUGAAGUCUGAAUUGGAGGUCCAAAAAAGAGAAAAUCAACAGAUGAACCGCAGAGGAAAUCGAAAGGAGCAGGAGGUGAAAAAGAUGUUAGCUGAAAUCAAACAAGAAAAAGAUGCCCUCAAGAGGGAGACACAGAGGAGGAAAAAAGAGCUUGAUGUACGACUGGAGAGGAUCAUGAGAGAGAGGGAUGAGUUAGAAAUUAUUAAGCUGAAGCUGCAAAGUGAAAAGGACAAAAGUAAAGGUGCAUUGGAAGAGUCGAGGAUGCCCACAAAAAUGCAUAAUCAAAUUCAAAAGCACUGGGAAUUAAUACAGACAUGCAUGGAGAAAUAUCAACUUAUGAAAAGACACAGUGAAGAUAUGAAUAUAGCAAUUCAAAAUGAAAAAAGACAUAUCUUAGCCCAGGCAGAAAUCAUAACUCAGGCAAGAGAUGAAGUGGAAAACAUCAAGAUGGAGAUUAAAAGACAAAAAGAAAUGAUGAUAUGUGCUGUAAAGAACAUGCAACAAAAGCAAGCACAUCUGGAGCAAAUGGAGAAGAAUAUCCAAGAAGAACAAAAAUUAUUGGAGACAGAAAAGGAGAGCAUUUUAGAAAAAUCAGAAGAGUUAGUCUUGAGGGAGAAAGAGCUGGUGAACGACCAGAAGUUUCUCAAAGUUGAACGCCAGAAAAUGAGGAAAGAACGCAAAGAAAUGAAGAGACUGAUGAAUAAUACUCAAAGUGAGGGGACAUUAAAAAUCCUCAAACCUGAAAAGAAACUGAAGACACAGGAUGAUAAACAAAAGAAAUUAAUGAAUGAACCACUUGAAGAGGACAUGAAGGAGAGGGAAAUUUUAGGAAAAGAAUAUCGACUACUUGUGAAACCUGAGCCUACACCAGUUAAACUGAAACUACGACAUACAAAGAAAUUGAAGCUUGGGUUUAAAGAAUCAGAUCAUGAAAAUCUUGGGCAGCAAAGACACCAGAAGGAUCUCCCUGGAGUUGAACAGUUGAUAAGUGAAGGUGAAAGGAAAGAUGAUAUCCAAAAAGAAAUUCACCAGUUAGAAAAUGAUGAGGAAAAAGAGGAUAAAGAUGUGCCACAAAUUCAGCACACUGAACUGGCAAGAAGAGAUGAGGUGGAAAUAAAAGUGAGUCCAAAGAAGAUUGAAUUCUUAGAUAGAGGAGCAAAACCUCUGAUAACAGUGUCAAGGGAGGAGGCCAUUGAAAAGGAUGAUGUUAAAGAUGUGUGGAAGACAGACGAUGUUGCACAUGGUCAAGAUCCUGAAAAACUGAAAACAAAGAAGAAGUGGAACUUUUGA